AUGCUGGGGAACUGCAGCUUCGCGAAUGGCAGCCAGCUUCUGGGCAACGGCAGAGCGGGCCUGGGGGCGCCCGAGCCGCAUGUGGGCGCUCUGGUUGGGGGCGUCCUGCUCAUGGCGGCCGUGCUGGCUGGCAAUGCGCUCGUGUGCGUGAGCGUGGCGGCGGAGCGCGCCCUGCAGACCCCCACCAACUUCUUCAUCGUGAGCCUGGCCGCAGCCGACCUGCUGUUGGCUCUUCUGGUACUUCCUCUCUUCGUGUACUCCGAGUUUCAGGGCGGCGUAUGGGCUCUAAGCAGUGCUGUGUGUGACGCUCUCAUGACUAUGGACGUGAUGCUCUGCACAGCCUCCAUCUUCAACCUCUGCGCCAUCAGCGUGGACAGGUUCAUCGCGGUCUCUGUGCCGCUGAGCUACAGUCGGCAGCAGAUGGGGAGGCGGCAGCUGGUGCUGAUUGGCACAGUAUGGGGGCUGUCCUUUGCAGUGGCCUCGCCAGUGCUGUUCGGCCUCAACGCUGUGCCUGGCCGGGACCCCGCCGUGUGCCAGCUGGAGAGUCGGAAUUACAUCGUCUAUUCGUCGGUCUGCUCCUUCUUCCUGCCCUGCCCGCUCAUGCUCAUUCUCUACUGCGCUAUGUUCCGACGCCUUCGGACCUGGGAAGAGGCGCGGAGGGCCAAACUCCGCCGGAGCAUGUGCCCGGGGGCUGCCCGCAAGUUCAGCCGGCCACCGCAGCCUUGGCCUCGCCGGCGCUUUCCGGGGCCUGAAGUAGAGGGCCCAGGCCCCGCUGGUUACUGGUCCCAUGGCCCCAUCCAGACCGUGUCCUACCCGCCCCAGCCCCCGCCCCCGCCCCAGCCGCUACCAGCAGCGCUGCCCGCCGCUGGACCCCCAAGGAAACGAGCCAAGAUUACUGGCCGGGAGCGGAAGGCCAUGAGAGUGCUGCCCGUGGUUGUCGGUGCGUUUCUCGUGUGCUGGACGCCCUUCUUUGUGGUCCACGUGACUCGGGCGCUGUGCCCAGCCUGCCCCAUGCCCCGGAGGCUGGUCAGCAUCGUCACCUGGCUGGGCUACGUGAACAGCGCCCUGAACCCCGUCAUCUACACUAUUUUCAAUACGGAGUUUAGGAGUUUCUUUCGCCGAGUGCUCAGGCUCCUUUGCUAGAUCCCUGGGUGAGGGCAGAGGCGGAGCCCAGGCCGCGCCCCUCCAGGGUGCCCUAGUGCCUGAAGGCCAGCUAGCCUGGUUUACUUCAGAGGCACACAGGCUGGAAGGAGGUGGUUCUCUGGGGGGAGGGGGACAUGGCUGGCCGAAAGAUGAGUCUGGCGACCUGAUGCUGAGGCUCUCAAGAAGCCCCGUAUGGCUCCUUGUCAAAUAGCCUCCUCCCUAGUUGGGUGGAGCGGGAGUCGUUGGAGGUGUUCUGAGCACGCGCACUUCCCUGGCCUCAGAAGCCAUGUGGAGUGGGCGGGGAGGGAAGGGCUUCCUCCUGAGCCCCUGGGUGCUGACAGGGCUUGAGGUGGGUUUAGAGUUAUUUAUAUCCUGGUUGACGGAGCUGUCCCAGCCUGCCCACUGCCCACCCACCUUUCACAAAUUCCUCCCUCUCCAGGGCUGGGCCUCACAGUCCAGCAAAUCCAAGGUUUCUUACUGGCCCGAAGAAGAAAUGGGCAGUAAGACCUGGAGGCCCUGGCUCUGGCCACAGACUGGGCCCUUCACCCUUGACCUUUGGGGAAUCCUGGGAAAGUUUCAAGGGGGCAGGGGUGGGGGCUGUUUGUACAUGAAGGGUUGAUAGGGGAACCGUAAGCCCAAUGAAAUGGCCUCUCUACCUGCACAUCUGGGAAUCACUUCCGAAUCAAGGUCCCUCUCUGGCUUCCCUGAAAGGCUGGUAUGUUCAACCUGUCCCAGCUGCCUCCAGCACUCCCAGCUGUCCCUGUGUGCUCACUUAGACCAAGCCUGACUUGUGUGAGGCAGCCUUCCCAUCUGGCCUUGGCUCUCUGCCUGCCUGCUGGUUUGCCGGUCUGCUGGUUUUGGGGACCUAUUCAGUGCUAAUCAGCAAGGACACUGGGUACAAGUCAUCCCACCACACCCUCUGGACAGGACUGUGAUAAUGGGAGUAUAAUGGGAGAAGGUCUCUGCCUAACGGGAUCAUUCUUAGUGCUGUUAAAGAUGAGAGCUCUCUGAGAUCCAGAGGCUAUCUAACACAAGGAGUGCCAAGCUCCUCUCUCCCUUGUGUUUGGAAGUGACUCAGUAUCCCACAAUAAUGGUAACUAAAUCAAGGUGUCAAAUUCUCUGCCGAGCUUUGUAAAGUUAUGGACUGUGAAGUGGAGUGAUCAAGGCACAGUGGCAAGGACUUGAGAUGCUGUGAAAAUAUUCUGCUGGGGAGGGAGGAGCUCUCAUCUUCAGCAUCAGCCUCCCCUCAGAUCCCUGCUCAAACAAGCCAGAUGUGCCCCUGCUCCGGCAGGCAACUCCCACACAAUCAUGGUCAUGCCAACCAGCUUGGACCCCCUGGAGCAACUGUACAACUGGGUUGUCCUGCUUUAUCAGAGGACUGUGGAGACUCACACUCUGGAUGUCUAGCAGCAGCAAGGCAGCAGGGUAGAAGCCAUGGGUUACUGACCAUGGACAUAGCAAAUACCCCAUUGUAAGAAAGCUGCCUGCAUCACUGGUGGUUCAUCUUUCCCAUGUCCUGUUUCAGAUACAAAAUGUAGUCAAUAAUCCGAGGACCAGAGUGUAGACAAAUAUUCACGUGGCCUCUGUUGAGGCUCUGAAGUGAGAAGCCAGCCCACUACCUUCUGUAGGGUCUAAACAUCCAGUUUAGAAAGCUGACCCAUCUAAAUUGAGCACUGAGCUCUAUUCACCCCAGGGACUGGAGCCAGGUCACUCCCACCUGCAGCCAGAACCGGCCACUUCCAAAUGAAAGGAAGAGACUUUCCAGGGUUGGAAAGAAAGCUCCUGAUAGUCCCGAGUGUCCCCUUUAGCACUACCCAGGCAAACAACGCCUAUUUGCCAGCCCAUCCACACUUGUACACCCACUAGUGACAAAGAGAUGUGCCUUUGCUGGCAGGGAAUGCCAGGAGUUGGAGACACUGGGGGGCAGGGAGUGAGGGUGAGGGUAGGGUGUUGAUUGGUCAUUAUGCAACAUAAUGAGAUGCUCCAGGUGCACACACAUGGCCCAUCAGCAGGUUAGAGCCAGUGACUACCUCCUUGGAUCUCUCAGCAGCCUCUUCACAGUACAGCCAGAGCCCAUUCAGGUGUCCCUAUUGUUAGCUUUCCCCAGGUCUCCAGAUGUUGCCGGGAUCCCAAGGCAACAUCUCAGCCACUUGGGUUGGCAAGUGGCAAGACUAGCUACCAAUCAGGAUUGCAGCUAGUGGCCACCAAACAGCAGGGGAUGAGGUUUAAGGCUUCAUCAGAGAAAGUUAACAGGAAGUGCUGCUGCUCUCAAGCCUCUCUGUUCUGGGCAAGGAAGUGAUGAAACCUUUGCCCACCUUUGCCCAUCCCAUGAAGGGCCAGGGGAAGAGUCUUGGUGAUUUCUCAAUAGGUCAAGGGCAGCUACUAGCAAAGGGGAGGGGGUACCUUUUGUCCAGGAAAGUCUU